AAUAGUAAAACUUGCUUAUAAAGUGGGUUUUCACUUGUCUUAGUUAGUGAUACGAUUCCUUUGGUUUGCAGUAAUGGGUGCUCUGGAUCACAUAUCGGAACUCUUUGACUGCUCCAGUGGCAGUUCCAAGCACAAGAAGCGCAAGCAAUUGCAGACGGUGGAGGUGAAAGUGAAGAUGGACUGCGAAGGAUGCGAGAGGAAAGUGAGGAAGGCGGUGGAGGGGAUGAAAGGCGUGAACCAGGUGGAUGUGGAGCGUAAGGCCAACAAAGUCACUGUGGUCGGCUACGUCGAGGCCUCUAAGGUGGUCGCCCGCAUCGCUCACCGCACCGGCAAGAAAGCAGAGCUCUGGCCCUACGUCCCCUACGACGUCGUUGCUCACCCCUACGCACCCGGAGUCUACGACAAGAAAGCCCCCUCCGGUUAUGUCCGCAACACCGAUGAUCCUCACUAUUCCCAUCUCGCACGUGCCAGCUCCACUGAGGUCCGCUACACCACUGCUUUCAGCGACGAAAACCCCUCCGCCUGUGUCGUUAUGUGAAACUAUUCUCUUUAUUUGUUAUCUUCGCUUUCAUUCUAUCUUGUUUUUCAGAUCAUGUUGUAUUUUUUCUCUGUUGAAUGAUACUCCUUCGCCUUUACCUACA